AUGAAUCAACAAAAACAACAGCAGCAAAAAGAGACGAGGAGUAGAAGGCCAUCGUCAUCAAUUCCACCAAUUCUCGAAAGCCACAGACACCUCUUUCAGGAAUCAAUUAUUCGAGAUUGUCAGCAUGUUUUGCGUAACGCGCCGGCGACCAGCGAGUAUCCUUAUUGGGAUGUUUAUGUUGGCUUUAUGAUAUAUCCAAAAUUGGCAUUGACACUUGCCGAAGAAUAUAUCGACAGUGCACUUGCGACAUAUACCGUCGAGAAUCAUAGUGAAUUGAGACCCAGUGGUCAUAUUUGUGGAUUUUUGUGCACCGCCGUUGGCUUAUAUACUGUAGCUGCUUAUAUAAAGCAUCAUGUAGGAGACCAAGAAUCCUGCAAUUACUAUCUAGACAUAAUUCAAAACAACUUUAGCCACACCUGUUUCUCAAAACAAACACCCAGCGAGCUGCUCUACGGCCGCGCCGGGUACCUCUACGCCGAGAAAUUCAUAUCAGACUUUAUCGACCCAAUGAAAGUCGAGCGAUCAAAAAGCAUUUUAUACGGUGUAUACGACGCGAUAAUCGAUGACGGGGUGCGCACCGCCAAUAGUAUGAACAUCACCGCGCAGACACCUAUGUUUUGGAUGUGGCAUGAUUCAGCGUACAUUGGUGCGGCACACGGCGCAGCUGGUAUUCUCACGAUUUUGUUGCAGUUCCCGGAAAAGGUUAAAGAGAUAUCUGAUCAGAUUCGGGAUACAGUUGAUUUUGUGUUAUUUAAGUGUCAGACUGAGGAUGGGAAUUGGCCUCCUUCUUUGGAUAAUAAGAAGAGUUUGGUGCAGUGGUGUCAUGGGGCACCUGGAGUUGCGCUUCUGGCUUGUAAAGCUUAUGAGGUUUAUAAAGAUCAAAAAUAUUUAGAUCUCGCAAAAAAAGCCGCAGAAUUUAUUCAUUCCAAUGGUGUAAUCCAUAAAGGCGUUGGGUUGUGUCACGGCGUUUCUGGAAAAGCUUACCCGUUUCUUGCAAUCUAUCAGCUCACUCAAGAAGAAAAAUAUCUAGAAUGGGCAAUCGAGUUUGGUGUGAUUUGCUCGAAAUGGGAAGAAAAAACCAUGCAUGGAGAGUUUCGAAAAUCUGAUCGACCAAUGUCACUUUAUGAAGGUCUUGCGGGUGCUAUUUGGUUCUUCUGCGAUUUGUAUUUCUGGGAUGUCGAAGUAUUCAAGGGAUUCCCUGGGUUGACUGAUAUAUAA